AACUGCUGGUUUGUUUGGCAGCGCUGUCCACCAAUCCGCAUUCCAGUUUCUGCGGAACCUCUGACGGUAGAUAGAGGGCGGCUGUGUGAUCGUUGUUGAUAUUCUGCUGUACAGUGCUUCACAGCAGGAAGAAUAUGGAGACAGGGGUCAGACACAAUUCUGGGACGUGUAAAUAGAUAGUACAUAACUGGAAGGAGCGUUUUUAAAGGAACAAAGGUGUGACAACGUGGCAGGUGCUCCAUUAAGAAUAAAAGAUGCUGUUGUCCCUGGGAAUGCUGAUGUUGUCUGCCACACAGAUCUACACCAUCUUUACAGUGCAUCUGUUUGCCUUCUUGAAUCUUCUGCCCGUGGAUGCAGACAUUGCAGCAUACUCUUCUGAUAACAAGACCCAAACAUUUGAUGAUUUACCAGCCAGGUUUGGUUACAGACUUCCCAGUGAGGGAAUAAAGGGAUUCCUGGUGGGUGCAGUGCCGGAGAAUGCCUGUGAGACCAUUGACCCUCCACCCCUAAAGGACAACUCGACAGGCACCUUCAUUGUGUUGAUAAAACGCUUCGAUUGCAAUUUCGACGUUAAGGUUCUUAAUGCCCAGAAAGCUGGAUAUAAGGCGGCAAUAGUUCACAAUGUGGAGUCUGAGGAUUUAAUUAGCAUGGGAUCCAAUGACGUGGACAUUGUGAAACAAAUAGACAUUCCUUCAGUAUUUAUUGGCGAAAGGACAGCCAAUUUUCUUAAAGAAGAGUACUCCUAUGAAAAAGGUGGUCACAUAGUGCUUCUGCCCGAUUUCAGUCUACCCCUGGAAUACUACCUGAUUCCCUUUCUCAUCAUAGUGGGGAUUUGUCUUAUACUUAUUGUCGUUUUUAUGAUUACAAAGUUUGUGCAGGACAGGCACCGAGCCAGAAGGAGCCGCCUUCGAAAAGACCAGUUAAAGAAGCUGCCUGUACAUAAAUAUAAGAAAGGAGAUGUAUAUGAUGUUUGUGCUAUCUGUCUGGAUGAAUAUGAAGAAGGAGACAAGCUGAGAGAGCUACCUUGCUCCCAUGCUUACCAUUGCAAAUGUGUUGACCCCUGGCUGACUAAAACUAAGAAAACCUGCCCUGUUUGCAAGCAGAAGGUGGUGCCUUCACAGGGAGAUUCGGACUCGGACACCAACGAGGCAGACAGCAGUCACGAGGAGAACGACGACGUUUCAGAAAGCACGCCUCUGCUGAGAUCUCUCGCCUCCACCAGCGCUCACUCGUUUGGCACCAUGUCUGAAUCUGGGUCCCGCCAGGAAGUGCUGGAGUCCUCGGAGUACGAGGAUGACGACGAUCCUGAGAUCGACAGCAGCGAGGCCGAGGAGGAAGUGAGCGUGGAGACUGUUGUUGUUCAGCUGCAGCAGAGUCACCGUGAUGGCGACACAGCCACCAAAACCCACACCAAUGCUUGAUUCUGCUGCUGUCCUCCACAACAAAUUCUUCUUCAUACUAAAUUGUGUCGUGGUUUCAAGAUGUUAUUUCCAUUUAUUUUUUUUUUGUUAUUGUGUACAUGACCAUCCUUCAUGUCGGUGACACUAGAUUACUCAAUUGAAAAGCAGCACUUCCUGAAUGAGGUGGUAGGAAAUGAUCUAGUAGGUGUUAGCGGUUGCAUUUAGUGUACCAAAGAAAAAGAUCAUGUUAAUUUUUUUACAAGGGUCUCAUUGCAUAUCUAUAUGUCAUGUUAAAAGUAUGGCCAAAGAAUGUCGUUCAGUUAUUCAACAUAUUCUGCAUUGACACUUGACACUGCAGUGAGAAAGUUUUGUUGAUUAUCGUAUCCACUGUGAAAAAAAGUGCAUUUUGCAUACUUCUGAAUAGCCCCAUAUAUCUGCACUCAGAAGACACACACAGCCCAUUUAUACUGUUAUUAAUAUCAAGAGCUAAUGUUUAAGUGUAUAUAAUGUAUAGAUAAAAGUACAAAUCUGUUACUUACAUAUUUGUAUGCCACUGUAUCAGGUCAUGAAAUUAAGUAGUACUAAAAUAAUUGCAAUCAUGUAAUGUGUACAUAAUCUGCAGCAGUAUCAUUUAUACAUAACAAACUUUUUUUCAUACUAUACUAUGUGUGUAUAUAUAUAUAAAUAAACCUGAUGGAUUUUCAUUAGGUCUUCCUUAACAGGGGAUUCUGUAAUGUAAAUGGAGGAGGAGGUCUUGUGGACUUGUGCUGUAUCAAUGUCUAGCACAUCACCCUUAAUAAUUAUAUGGAUUAAAAUAAGGUUUGCUUUUUGAAGUUAAUAACACACACAAUGCACAAACUAUAGAUAAUAAAAGACCUCUCAUAUUGCCUUUGUUUUUUUAAACUGUCAAGAUAAUAGACCAAGUUCCUUGUUAUGAGGCACCUUGUAAUUGUAAGUAUGAUUCAAGGGAAAAAAAAAAUUCAAGAGCAUCCUGGCAAAACUUUUGCAACAGAUAAAUUCAUUAUUCAGCUCACUUGAUGUAGUUUUCAAUGACAUUAAGUAAAUUAAUAAGACAUGUGCCUGCAUGAAAAUGAUGACAAAAUCAAACUGAUGGCAAAUUGCAUGUAUUCAUAACAUGGUUGUCUUGUGGCAUAUGGCAGGAAAUCCUAAAAUUGAAGGAUGCAGACUGUAUUUUCUUUGUAGUAUGUGUAUAUUUAUACUUUACUUUUAACCCUAAAUUAUUAAAUGUGCACCAUGAUUGUCUUCAUCAGGACACAAGUGUACUCCUCACAUAAGCAAUUGAAUGCAGUUAAUAUCUUAACUAUCAAAACGUAUCAAAAUGCAAUUGUAUUGAUUUUUUUCUAUUUCUUUUCUACAGCUUUGUAGUUUCAAUAGGAUGUUGCAAUACCAUCGCAAAAUGCAGGUAUUUCAGAGUUGCAGCCCCAUAUGCAUCAUCUUAUACAAUGUGCAUUGCACCAUCAGAACAUCUUAAGUCUGUGAAGGGGGGUGAGGAGUAGUGUUCGGACUUACACAUUGCAGAUGGGGGCUCUUCCAAUCAAUAAAUAGUAUGUGGUCAACACUUAAUUAUCAAUGUUAUACUUGUAUUACUGUAAUUCAGGUGGGGCGUAGGCAAAUCUGUAUGAAAACUUACACUGGUCCUUAGUAACUUUUCCCUGGAAAGUGAUGUGCACAUCUCAGUUUCUUACUUUUAUUAAAUAAAUACUUUCAGAGGCAUUCUUAAAAUAGCAGUAUGUAAUAUGAUUCUCUUUAUUCAAGCAACAGGAAAUAAUGCAGACAAAGUACACUUCAAGCUGCAGCAUAGUGAAGCUUUGAGGCCUUUACAGAAUACUGUAAAAUAUUGAGCGUGAAAUCCAUUAUAAAUACAGAAAUUAGGGGUUUAUGGAUUAUGUAAAGAGACUUAAAACAGCAUUACAAUACCCUGCUGGUUUUAUUGCUUUAAGGAAUAGCAAUGUCUAGGGUGAGACAUUAGCUGCCCAUUUAACACACCAAUUGCUCUAUAACUACCUUUCCAUUUCUGAAUAGAUUGCCAUUAACAUGAUAUCUGUUUUGGCAGCUAUUAUAGCAGAAACACAUUUUAGGGGUAAAAAUCAAAGAAUACCCCACUAAGUGAUAAUGGAUUGGUAGUAAAUUGAUAACAGUUGGGGUGAGUGUGGUGCAUAAACAAUAAUGGUAAACAUGUAUAUUAAUACGGCACCAAAAAUUGUUGAAUUUAAGAUUUAGAAUGGGAAGGUAAUUAAUAAAAGAAACAAGAACACACCCACAGCUCUUCUGGUUGGAAUAAAUUUAUUUCAUCUGUCUGUAAACAAGGUGGUUUAUCAAUCUAUGGCAUUUUGUUUAAAUGCAUAUUAAAAUCAGAUGAGUUAGACUGUAUCCCAAUAUAAGAAAAAAAGUGCAGGGAAAGAUAUGAACGCAAGUCAGCAACAAGAUUAUUAUUUUUGUUUGUUUGUUUUUUAAUCUGUACAUAUUCCACAAGGCCUGAACAUUUCAAGCAUAUGCUAAAAUGUCCCUAAGGAGGUGCCAUUUGACUGACUCCUUGCUGGGCAGCAGUUAAAAUCCAUCUCACAAUAGCAACAGAUCAUACCUCUACAACAUUAUGGCACAGGAUACACAGACUUCGUAUAAAGAUUUUCACAAGACAACCAAGUUUGCUUAUUCCAACCAAUACCAUCUCCAAUUUAGUGUACACAGAACUUAAACUUCAGUUUGUUUUUUUUUUUCUUUUUAAAUUGGACAUACAUUUAGUACCGUGCUUCAACAGGCAGUUUGAUACCACAUCUUUCAGUCGAUGACUAGAGCACAAGGCAAUUUAUUCCAGUUUUCCUGCAGCAUGGGCUUACAGGGUCAAGAGUGAUCAAUUUGCUUUAAGUGUUUUGCAACAAAUGGGUAAUGUCAAAUGAGGAGACUGCCAUCCCCAACUCACACACUGGUGUUUGUGCAGUUUUUUACCACUUUAGGUCAUCAGACAAUGGAUUACAAUAGUGUAUCUCCCGUAUGUAGUUGAAACUGGCAGUUGUCCUUUACAACAAUGUAGAUCAGUUUUGUAAAAUCCCAAGCUGCAACUAAAAUUGGUCCUAUGAAAAAAUUGAAACUGGACACACUCCAGGUGGUUCUGUUGGGAUAUUUACUGUCCAAAAUGGCAGUCUUUUUAAAAAAAGAAAAAAAAAAGUGAAAUACAUGUUACAGGAGCUGGCAAACAAUACUUAAGUGCUUGAGCUAUUGUAACGAUGGAAUGUCCAUGGAGAUUAUAAAGUCAAGGAUGUGAUGAAGAGGUCAUGGGAGGAAAUGCCACCUGCAGUUUUACCAUUGCACUCGAAAUAAUCAGACACGUUGCAAGACUAUGUCCAAGUGCAACAGCAAAAAGCAUACAUGCAGGACUCUGCAACUCUAAAACAGAUGUCAGCUGCAAUAUUAAAAGUUAAGAAAGGUAUAGUGGUUAAUAAUGGAGGAAAGCAUGCCUCCUUGUGUAACAUUGGCGUGUCUCCUUUGGGUUCAAGCAUGUCAAGGGAAAUACAAAGGAGAAGGGGGGGGUGGGGGAGAGAGAGGAGUCAAACAAGCCAAGAUAUGCAUGAACCUCUCUCCCAGACAAGCUCUAGAAAAGGAAGACUAAUUGAGAUAAGUUUCUGCUCAAAGUGCAUCGAUCAAUUCAAGAUUGUACUACUAAAAUUUAGUUGUUCUUCAUUUUUGCCAGCAGUUCUCUAUGUUAACACUAAGCAAAGCCCAGAUUUAACAUUGGCCCACUUUUUUUUGUGUUUUUGUUUUUUAGUUUUUUUUUGGUUUUUUUUGUGUGCAAUGUUAAAAUGUAUAACAUGCUUAUUCAUUACCUAUGUUGCAACAAUGGUGCCAGAAUGGGAUUUGGUACAUAGUGUUAAAGUAUAUAAAUAAACAUGGAAGGGGAAAAGCAUCAAAGGACAUCAGAAAACAAAAGGGUGUAAAAAGAAAAAAAAAAAAAAAAAAAAAAAAGAA